CUAAGGUUUGUUUUUAUUUUCCCAUUUGUUGUUAAACGUAAGAAAUAUUAGAUUAUUAUAAAUGCGAACCAGCAUUUAAAAAAGCGAUUUGUUUGAAUAAAUGAAAAUUUCUCUGGUCCACAUUCGGCUUAGCAUCGCUGCAGGUCACUCACUACCUGACGUUUCUUUUAAAGCUGCUUGUAUAAACAGUGACGGUUCGUUAAAGGAAGAUUUUUUAUCGGUAGAAGAUGAACAUGUUGAAACAUCAUUGAACAAUGUUUCUCCUAUGAAACCAUGUAAAUGGAGCACGAAGAUUGCAGAUAAAAUAACGUUUGAUGGACUUGAUGAGAACGACAGACAUGAGUUGUUGAUUAAAUUGAAAGGACAACGAUAUUAUCGACAAUUAACGAUCACAACACAUGAUAACACAGAAUUGACGAUGUCGCAAAACGAAACUGGAGCAAGUUGUUCAAGUGAAGGAAACAUAAAAUCUGUUGUUGGUGUUGAUGGUGUUGUUGGGGGAAAAGUAAAUGAAGAUACAAAGCAUACCAAAGUUGCAUCAAAGAAAAAAAAGCAAAAACCAAACAAACAAACAAAUGAUGAGCAACGUAUGAAUGAGAAUGAGGCUGAAGCAUCGUCCAAUCAGAAAGCUCGACAUUCUUCGGAAAAUAUUUUCCCUUUCCACAGUGGAAAUCCGGCAGUUGAUGUUACAAAUGGGGUCGUGCAUCUUUAUAAAUCAAAUUACAAAGUUGUAGCAGAAGAACCUUUUACACACCCUGACACAAACACUUUGUGUAUGCUGGCUGUGCCUGCUUCUAUAGAUGCUCAUGGUAUACUGGAGUUCACGGCUCCGUUUAUUAACGUUAUACGAAGAAUAAGAAUUAUUCGCGACCGAACUCCAAGUCAAUACAUGGUGUUGUUGCUGUUUUGUACAAGUCAAGACGCUUGCAACUUCUAUUUCAACUUUAAUAAUCAACAUUUCAGCUCUUUAAUACCUGAAGAGAUUUGUCACCUAGCGUUUGUGGCUUCUGUUGAAGCGACGUCUGUUUACGAUGAAACGAAUGGUGGGUUCAUUCCGUUAUCGAACUCUACAGAACUACCUGACUGCAUGGUUUGUUUGGAGAGAAUGGAUGAAUCAGUACAAGGCGUGCUCACCAUAUUAUGCAACCAUUCGUUCCACGCUUCGUGUUUAAGACAGUGGGAGGACCAAUGUUGCCCUGUGUGCCGAUACGUUCAAACACCUCAUGCGCAGUCGAACAACAAGUGCAUGGUGUGUGGGAGUGUGGAAGAUUUAUGGAUAUGUCUUGUUUGUGGCAACGUUGGUUGUGGGAGAUAUACGUCGGAGCACGCACAACAACAUUACAUUGAAACGCAACAUAAUUAUGCGAUGGCACUCAGCGAUAAUCGGGUGUGGGAUUAUGCUGGGGAUUACUUUGUUCAUCGUUUGUUCCAAAACAAGGAAGAUGGAAAGUUAGUUGAGAAAGGAGGGGAGCACGAGGAUAAAGUAGAAGGGAUGCAACUUGAGUGUAUGUAUCUAUUGACAAGCCAGCUUGAAUCUCAGCGUAAAUACUGGGAAGAUGAGGUGAAUAAAGCUGAAAUUCAAGGUGUCAAGAAAUAUGAGGAGAUAAAUAAACAACUUGAAACUACAAUGAUGGAAUGUAAGGGGUUGGGAAAAAAGGUUGAAGAUUUGGAAAAAGAGAAGCAAAGUUUGAAACAUCGCAACCAACAGUUAAGCAACAAGUUUACAGAAACUCUUGCUGAUCUUUCUAAUGAAAGGGAACUUAAUAAAAGUUUGGUUCAUAAUCAGGAUGUUUGGAAAUCCAAAGUUAUCGCGUUGGAAGAACAAAGUUUGAAACAAAAGAAAGAAAUCGAUGAUUUACGUGAAGAACUUCGUGAUGUCAUGUUUUAUAUCCAAGCGAGUCAAACUAUCGAGAAAGAAGGAGGAGGGAUGCGAGAGGACAUCAGGGGAGGACAGAUCCUCGUAGGUCCGGGAACCUCCAGUGGAGGAGACCAGAAGAAGAGAGGAAAGAAAAAAAGAUGAUAUUUCUUGAUGGAAAAAAGAUGAUAUUUAAAUCGUGAAAAAAGAUAAUGGUUGCCUUGAAUGGAAUAUAUAUUUGGAUACUAAGAAAUUAUUAUAAAAACAAUUAGUAUUAUUAAUAUAUAAUAUUGAGCAUUGUAAAUUUAAUUGUUUUAUGAAAUUAGAAAUGAAUGCUUCUGGUAAAAUAAUUACUUUUGUUGUACCACUGUUCUUACCACAGCCAAAGAGCUUUUUCUAUUCCUUUAUGUCCUUGGUAGCAAUACCAUUAUAUUGUAGGUCUUUACCCACAGUACUAUUAUUAUAUUGUAUUCUUGAACCUGCUUGCUUUAAUAUUCAUGUUAUAAACCAUGGAAGCAGCUUUUUUUAAUCGCAGUGAAUAAAAAAAAAACUUAUUUAU